AUGUCAUUAUCAUCACUUAUAGGACAUGGUGUAUUUUCAUGUCAAACGUACAGAAAAGGAGAUGCCCUCCUAACAUACCGCAGUGCUUUAUUAAGUGCAACUGAGGCAAAUGAAAAGGCAAUGGCAUACGCAGACGACGUUGGCAGUUAUUUGUUUUACUUCAAGAUCGGUAAUAAAGAAAAACGCAUAGACGGUCCUGGAUCGGACUGUGUUGCCAGAUUUGUGAAUGACUCGCCAUCGCAAUACGCAAAUUGUAAAAUGAUGCUGAAAUUGAGCGACAACAGACCACAUCUUUGCCUGAUUGCCGUUUAA